AUGAUGUGGGACCACAAGACGCCGGGGAUUCCGGACUCGGAGUUUGAGCGGGCCGAACGCGUCCCCAUAACAAAGGAGGAGGUCAGGGCCAUCCAGAUCAGCAAGGCAAGGCUAAACUCCGGGGAUACCGUAUAUGACGUCGGCUGCGGGAGCGGCUCUGUCAGCGUUGAGGCGGGCCUGCAGGUGGAGGGGCGCGGCCGGGUCUUUGCCAUAGACGUCGAUCCCGACGCGGUCACGCUCACAAAGCGGAACCUGGCAAAGUUUGCGGUCGGCAACGCCUCGGUCAUACUGGGUAACGCGCUGGACAAGGUUGCAGGCCUGCCUGCCGCGGACAGCAUAUUUGUCGGCGGUACCGGCGGCGACACGGCAGACAUAGUAACGCUGUGCGAGGAGCGGCUGAAGGCGGGCGGACGGAUCGUCAUAGGCGUAAUCCAGAUAGAGACGUUGGCAGCAGUGCUGGGCGUACUGGAUCGGCUUCGGUUCGAGUCAGUUGACGUAACGCAGGUCACGGUGGCAAAGAGCAGGAAGACGUCCACCGGCACGAUGAUGCUGGCAAGAAACCCGGUUACCAUAAUCUCUGCCACCAGGGCAUAG